AUGAUUAUGUCAAGUCUCUCGUUUGCAGCCAUGCUCGGCUAUGCCUCCUAUAUUUACCACAAAUUUCGCAAAGGCACCCUUAUAAGCCAGUUUCCCGCUAGCGCUACAGACCAACUUGUAUUACAAGAUACAUCAAAUGCAGGACACCCAUAUAACUGCAUCGACCAACACCAGCAGCCAUUAACAUCACUUUCCACGAGCUACAGUCACGAUAAGCAUGAAAUGAGCGCUUAUGAGCAACCACUGACCGAACUCGACGGUCAUCACCGCAAUAAGCCAUAUGCAGGAAGAAGCGAGCUCUUCGCUGCGCACACUCCUGCGACAGAGAUAUAUGAGAUGUAUACGCCAGAUACAAAACGUGUAUAG